UUUCGCGCGCUUUUUCACCUGUUGCUUUGAAUAUAUGUAUCGCAUAUGUAUAAUAUUGUAACAAAGUUAUUUAAGUGUUAUUUUAAUGAUUAAAUAAUUAUUUUAUUGUUUAUUGAUAUACAGCAGUGUUUUCGUUUGAUAAAAAUAGUUCAUUGUUAGAAUUUUUUCUUACAACGUACACUAUUUUGGAGUUUCUAACCUCUAAAACCGGAAUAUUCAUAUUUCAAGGUAUUAUAGCAACUGGAUAAUCAUUCUAUUAAUAUUACUUGCUGCAGUUGGUUUAAAAACAUUCUAAUGCAAUAAUGGCAGAUUAUAUAUCUGCUGAAUUAGCAGCCACUUGUGCUGCAUUGGGCUAUUAUGAUGGAAAAAAGUAUUAUUUGGAUAAACAUUGUCUAGAUGUUAUAAAGGAUUUGAUAAAAUACUUAAAAAGGGAUGACGAUGUUCAUACUAUACGUCGUUAUCUUGGCCAGGCAAAAUUACUUCAAUCUGAUCUCAUAAGAAUUUUUAUACAACACUUUGAUAAACUUGAAUUAUGGGAUGUAUUAUUAAGGUUAAUUAUUAAUUUAACAAGUCCUGCUUUAUUAAUUUAUAAUGAACAAAUACCUAUGGAAAAGACUAUGCGUAGUUUCUAUUUACAAAUAAUAUCACAUCUGCAAAGUUAUAAAGUGGCUUUAGCAGAUGAUCAAGUAUGGACAAUAGUUAAUAAUCGCUUGACCUCAAUCUUUAGUAUUGAUAAUAUGGAAAGAGGGGAAGAGAAUGAGAUGAUUAUUGAAAGAAUUUUAGCAUUAAUCAGGAAUAUACUUCAAGUUCCUCCUGAUGAAAAUGAAAAGCGUCCUGAUAAUGAUGCUACGGUUCAUGAUCAGGUAUUAUUCGCACUUCAUGCAUCUGGUAUUGUAGAUAUAUUACUCUUCAUUGCAAGUAGUACUAAAGAACAGCAAUAUCAUAUGCAAAUUUUAGAGAUUAUAUCAUUAAUGUUACGUGAUCAAAGUGCAAGUCAGUUGGCAUCAGCAGGUUUGCAGCGUAGUACAAUAGAAAAGGAAAAGGAUGAAGCACAGUUACUAUCUAUACGACAGAAAGAAAAAUUGGAAAAAUUUGAAAAAUUAAAGAAGUACGCUGGUGCUAGGCAUUCACGUUUUGGUGGUACUUAUGUGGUACAAAAUAUGAAAGCAAUCGGAGAUAAUCAAAUGUUAUGUCACAAACCUUAUGAAAAAGUCGAGGCACUCGAGUUCAAUUCCCAAAAGACGAAAGUAAAGAAACCGAAGAACAAAUUGGCGAUGCAGGAUUCAAUGAACGAACGAAGAUCAGCAUUAAGCGUAAGACUUUUCUUGAAAGAAUUUUGCGUGGAAUUUCUUAAUGGUGUAUACAAUCCAGUAAUGAAACACGCAAAAUCCUGCGUUAUUAGUGACGUUCAAUGUGAUUCAGCAGAGAGCAGUUGUUAUCUCUGGGCAUUACGUUUUUUUAUGGAAUUUAAUCGAUGUUACAAGUUUCAAGUAAAAUAUGUGAGCGAAACUAUAUCCACGGAAAUAUUUUAUAUAAUACAAAGACAAAUGAAUCAGUAUUAUGAGAUGAUCGUUACCGAUAAGGUGAGGAUACCGAUAUGGUCUCACAGAUUGCAUUUGGCUUUGAAAGCAUAUAAGGAACUCCUUCAUACCUUAAUGGCGAUGGAUAAAAGUCCGGAUCAAGAUAUAAGAGAAUCUAGUAAGGUCAUUAAAAGCAACGUAUUUUAUGUGCCGGAAUAUCGGGAAACGAUACUCUCUCAGCUUCUCAACUUUGAUGAACUUAAAAUGUCACGGAAAUACCUGAUCGACCUAGUAACGACCACCCACAUUUUUCUAAAGAUGUUGGAACAGUUUUGCGCCAAGGGACAACGAAGUCUCAUCGUGCAGAAGUUGAAGAAGAAGCGACACAAAAGUAGAAAGCAGAAAUCUGUAUCGCAGAAAGAAGAAGCACCUAACCCGAGCUUAGAAGAUCGUUGGGACGAUCUGGUACCGGAAUUAUCUGUGGUGAUGCAAGAUGGAGGCUCGAUGCCGGAAAUGAUGCCAUUUGAUGCAACACUUGAUACACCUGUCGACGAUCAAAAGAGUGAUGCAAUGAAGAGAAUUCAAAAACUAUUACGAUUGAAGCACUUUGAGAAUGCUGUUGGACUUUUGCGAGCUUGUCGAGAAGUCUGGCCGGAGAACGACUCCUUUGGAAGGGCUGAUAUACCGCCGGAGGAAGAAUUUCUAGCACUCCGCGAAAUCUUCUUUGCAGAUCUCGGUGUUGUAGAAAAUGACUUUCCGAUGCAACAGACAAGUAUGGAGAACAAUUUAGAAGAUAAUUUAGCUCUCAACGAUGAACACGAGGAAGAUGAAGAGUAUGACGAUGGAGAGGAUGUCGUGACAGAGGAAACGGAUUUUAAAUUAAACGAAUUUGUGCAAAGAUUUGCAAAUAUAAAGAUCGUUAAAGCAUUGACCAUUCUUCUGCAACAAUUCAAUAAGAAUACUAACGAGGUCAAUCAUUAUGUCACGAAAAUGUUGCACAGAAUCGCUUGGGAGUGUAAAAUGCCUGCUAUGAUUUUUCAAGCAUCGAUAUUUCGAACUUUUCAAAAGAUCCUCGACUCGAAAUAUUCUGAGCACAAGGAGCUCCAAAAGUUCGCAAUCUUCAUAAUCCGUCGUUUCAUCGAAGUCGCGCAGAAGAACCGGAAGUCGUAUAUGGAGUUGCUCUUCUGGAAGAACACGCGCGACGCGACGCAAAUCGUCGAGGGUUACAAUACCGAGACGGAUAAGAAGAAAGUUUUGCGUGGUGUUUGGACGGAGGAGGAGGAGGACGAGUUACGAACCCUCUUCAUGGAACAUCAGACUAACAAGCCUUCGGAAGAUCUGAUCGAUUGGAUACUCAACAGACUCAUCAACGAAACUCGCACACGUCGUGGUGUUAUUAAGAAACUGAAAGAGAUGUGCUUAGUCGUCAAUUCCAAGGCUGUAAGAAACGAGAUACAGAAGAGGUUACCCAAGGAAUGGUCCGAAGAGGAGAUCUCUCAACUCACGGAACUUUGGGAACAAUUGAGAGAGGAUGAAGAUCCAGUGGAACUUAUUUACAACGGUUUAAGAAUAAAACGAACAAAAUUGAAGAUCAAAGAAAAGCUUUUAGAAUUGGGACUAGUCAAGGAUCGAAAGGAACUCUAUAAAAAGCGAUCUAGAAAAAGUAAUCACGGAAAAUCGUCGUGGGAAACACAGUCUGGCAGUAAUUCUGACGAGGAGGAUCGGGACUCCGAGGAAGAAAGUACAAAAUCCUCGGGGCGUAACGACGUGGCUCGAAGUAAACCAACGAAAAAGAGAACGACGACGACGACUACUACUACGACGACGACGACGAAGACGAGGACGAGGAUGACGAAGCAAGGAGAAAGGUCGAGAAAGAAGCGAGACCAGAAGACGUUCCUUUACACGGAUGCACAAUUAUCUGGACUCUUGAAGGACGUCAUCGAAGGAAAUAUGAAGGAGUCAUUGGAAUGGAUCAAGGAAUCCUUAGAAGAUGCUUUGGAAGAUCGGGAUGAGGAAAGCUCAGAAGGAAUCCCCUUGGUACCAUUGACAGAUUAUUCAUCAAAUGCAAUGAAUUCGACUAGUUUUCAAAAAUUACUACGCGCCAUGGGCAUAGUACCACCAGCGGACGAACAGGAAAUCUAUUGGCGAAUUCCAUCGAAUAUGCUCUCAUCUACCAUACGAAAACGAUGUGUUCUUAUUGCCGAUUCGUUGGAAGGGAAAUUCAUUAUCGAAGAUUCGCCUGCGAAUAAUAUCGACAAUAAUAAAAAUAAUUCAACCGAUGAAAGUGACAAUGACAGCAAUGAGGACGUAUUCGAAAAUGUAAAAAGAUUUUUCGCGAAUAAAGAACCUAUACCAUCGACCUCACGUGAAUCGAAUGUACCAUCGAACAUGGAAAAAUCCGAAAGGUCAAAUAAACGUGAUAUAAAAGCUGACGACACCGUCGAGCCAUUGGAAGAAGAGAAUGAAGAGAAUCAGGAAGAAACGGAGAGUAAUUUCCAAGCAAUCGAAAAUGUAAAAAAGGUUUCUAAAGGUCGUCUUAAAGUGCUUUUGGAUUCGUCUGAAUCUGAAACAGAAAUUGAAAAGAGAGCAAAUGAAUCAGCAGACGAAGGUAAAAGAAAUCGAAGUCAAAGUUCCAACGAGGAAACUCCAUUGAGCAAAAGACCACGUUUAUUGGAUAGCGACGAAGAUUCUGAUGAAACGUUCAAAGUAAAAACUUCGAAAAAAUCUAAAAUUACUUUUAUAUCCGACAACGAGGAAGAGAAUCCAGAAGAAAUUUCGACUAACAACAAAUCUACGUCCUCACGAAUAAUCGAUAGUGAAGAGGAGGAGAGCGUGACGGAAAAAAAAGGAAAUUCGAAGCCUACUCGAAAGAUAAUAAGCGACGACGAAGAAGACAAUUAAAUGUUCAAGAUAUAAAUCUAAUCAGUGUUCUAAAUCAACAACGCUUUUAUGUUACUAUAUGAUCGUAUAAAUUUUCAUAUAUAUUAUUUUUUGAAAAAAAAAAAAAAAGGAUACUCGAUGAUAAUUGGAAGAUCUGCGUUAACUACCUUACCAACUCGGUAAGAUAAGGUAGGUCCCUCUGCAUUAUUUUGAACUUUUGAAUUGUUUAUUCUAACCUCUUUCCUUUACCCAAGAACUUCUGUACGAUCUCCUGGAGGAGUACGAAUUACGAUAUCCCUAUUACGUUGGCCUUCGAAACGAGCGAUCGUUUACACCCGGGUUACACUUCAGGGUGCCAAGAAAAACAGUUCUCGAAAGGCGUCCACAUUUCGCCAAGUAACGACGAAGAGAACAUGCGAGCGUGGUGGUGGCGCUGCGAUCGUCAAUGAUUAUGUUUGUAUAUAUAUAUAUAUACAUACAUACAUACAUACAUACAUACAUACAUACAUACAUACAUACGUACAUACAUACAUACAUACAUACAUACAUACAUACAUACAUCAUACAUACAUACAUACAUACAUACAUACAUAUACA